AAAUUUUAUCGAUAUGUUGAAAAAAUGUGUAAUUACUAAAAUAAGCUAAACGAUAAAGUGAAUAAAGCGAUGAACUAUAUGUGAAAAUUAAACUUGUAAGACGCCGGGCCAACUAAAAAUUGUAAGCAUUUAUUUACGGCUAUGCGCGGUACAAACCUACAAGAAAUGGUCUUGUAGAGGACAGAGAAAGAAAAGCUACAAAAAAAGAAGAAGAGAGCUAGCAAUACGUGAGAAAAAUAGCUACUGGAAAAUCAAUUCAAUCGAGUUUGUGCUGAGGAAAUCGAGUGGCAGCUAUAAUAUAUCUAUAACCAAUACUCAAGUGAAAAGAAAGAAUAACAAUAUGCUUUAAUGCUAUGUGCUGUAAUGCCGGGCAGAAAAAUCAAUUUUGUUCUCAUUUGUCUGUCCGUCCGUCUGUCCUGUUAUUUUUUCCCCAUGUUUACAGACAUUGAAUACAGAAUAUAAAUCUGCAGACUUGCACGCAUUUACACAUACUAUUCGAAUAAUGAAUAAAGCAACAUUUCGGACAUUUCCGAAAGAUAUUAAAUUAUUUGUUUUGUUUGUGUGUACAUAAUUAUUACACACUAAUACAAACGAACACGAUGUCGCUGUCUAUUUGACAUACCACUCUACGCUUUACUCAAAUCUCAAGUGAAAAGGCAUAGACAACAAGCUAUAAAACGGAACUGGAAGAAAACAAUAAAAUUUUUACGCGUAAAUCUAAUCAACGUUCCUUAAUACGCCUCGCGUAAAUCUGCAACGAGACUGAGCUACAGCGUAGUCCGUUUGCAACCAAAUCCAAGGAGGGGGCAUCGGCAUCACGAUGGGCAAACGGCUCCCGUUGGAACGCCCACCGAUAGACCGCAACAUACGCAAUCGAAAGCGAGCGCCGGCUAAAACCAGCGGCAGUGUGACGGAGAAAUGCCUGCGCCUCAGCGCGGAGACAAAUGGCAAUGGAUAUGAGUUCCACGAGAACGACGACGAGAAUUCCUCAUCGUCGGGGUCUGCUGGCGGUGGUGAAGUGGAGGAAGAUACAUCUGUGUUGAAGACCCCGCAAGCUCAAAGCCUCCUGUUGGCUGGAGCUAGUUUUGCCAGUGACCACAACCACUCAAACUCAACCGAGUCGCCGCGUCCGGUAUAUACGUUGCGCCCAUCUGUCGUCAAUGGAACCAUACUGAGGGACGUGCUCUCCAAGGCAUGGCGUUUGGGGCGACCCAUAGGCAAGGGAAACUUUGGCGAGAUCUUCCUAGCCUCAGAAGACACUGUCUGCCCCGUUAGCUCUGAAAGAGCCAAAUUCGUCGUCAAAAUUGAACCCCACUCAAAUGGACCACUUUUCGUCGAGAUUCACUGUCUGAUCAACACAUCUCAGACUAAGAAAAUAACUGAUGAUCACGAGGAUGCUGCCAACAUUUCGGCUCGUAGGCAUAUUAUUAGCAACGGCCCCCCGUCCGGAAUACCCAGCUACAUUGCCUCGGGCACACACUACUUUGGAGAUGCUCGGUAUCGGUUCUUGGUCCUGCCCCGCUUCGAUCGCGACCUGCACUCGCUCAUUAAAAACUCACGGGUGGAGCAGAAAUGCUUGCUGGUCCUCGCUAUCCACAUAAUUAAUGUGCUAGAGCAUCUUCACGACAAGGGCUAUUGUCACAACGAUAUCAAGGCACAGAACCUAAUGAUAUCCAAGUGCAAGUACCUCAAGCAGCAGGCAGUGCCUGCCGGAAAAGGCAAGGGGGCAAAGAGCGAUGGCUACGACGAGCACUACGAUGAGAAACAGCAGACGACAGACAGCGGGAAUAGCUCGGAGCAGGAGACAACCGAUGAUGUAGUCAAGUUCAGUGAUGGCGACGAUGACUACUUCAUGAAGAACAAAAAGUUGGCUUUAAAGCAAAUUGUGGAUGCCGCCCAGGAAGAUGAGGAAGAUGAGGACUUUGAUGAUGGCGCCACUUCGAACAGUAACAACAGCAACAGCCUGGACAUGUACCACACGCCAGUGAACAAGAACAAGGGAAGCGUGCGCAAGACUAACAUCGAGUUCAGCGGCUCCAAUCCGGUGCGUUCGUGCCGUCGAGAAAAGCGCAACUCCAUGUACGAGGAAAUGGUCAAGUCGCACUAUCUGCGACCCACCAAACGCGUUAGCUACCGCGAAGACUUUAACGAGGAUGGCUAUCCCAUAAAAAAUAAUGAGGAUAAAGACGAUCAGUCGCCAGUAACGUCCGAUAACGAUUUAGAGGAGUUUCUUCCACCCUCGGCGCGACGCGCGACAGCAGCCGUGGGUAAACGGGCAAGGCACGCACAAGCACAUGCACAUCCAUCUACGCCCUCCAAGUGCUCCAUAACUACACGAGCAACGAGACAUCAAUCGAAACCUAAAAGUGAAAUGAGCGAAGGUAGCAAACGGAGUGGAAGGCGAAAGCAGGACGACACCCAAUCCCACGCAGAGUAUCAGCUUCUCCCCGCUGAGGAAGAGCACGUGUUCCUUAUCGACUUUGGCCUGGCUUCAAAAUAUCAAGACCGCGGUGUUCACCGUCUGUUUAUUAUGGACCAACGACGUGCGCACGACGGUACCCUAGAGUUCACAUCGCGUGACGCCCACCUGGGCGCGCAUUCGCGACGCAGCGAUCUGGAGUGCUUGGGCUACAAUUUGGUGUACUGGUCCGAGGGUUAUCUGCCCUGGAAGGAUGUGGCCCAGCAGCAACAGCAGGAGAAAGUGCACCGUGCUAAGGAGCUCUUUAUGACGGACGUCUCGGAAAUGUUGCGUCAAUUCUACGGCAAACAAGUUCCUAAGUAUUUGGGCGAGUUUCUGAAACAGAUUGGCCAGUUAGCAUACCAGGAGCGUCCCAAUUAUGAGCGUUAUCGCAACAUCUUUAAGCGAGAGUUUCAGCGUCUGGGCCAUGACCCCAGCCAGAUGCGCUUAAACAGCGAAGAGAUUUUGCUCACCCGCGUGGCUGUUAAAGACGAAAUGUAUGGCAACAAGUGCGAUAUAUUUGAACUGAAUAAUAAGAUUUCCACCAACGUGAUCCGUAACUCAACGCUUAGCACUCCGUUCCAGGAGCACUCGAUAACAAAUCGUGUAUCGCCUAAGAACCUGCGAUCCAAGUCGAGCAAGAAGAAUGUGAAAAAGAAGUUCUCAUGGGCGGAGGUUAUCUCUCAAGACCCCGAUCAAAUAGCCCGCGAACGGGCGGCCAAGGAGUUUGAACGGGAGGAGACCAUAUGCCCCUUGCAAAUGCGUCUUUCUAAGCGCUAUGAGGGCAGGCCAACCUAUGCGAUACUGACGGUUGAGCAGAGUCGACGCGAUAAGGGACUGGUCGUGCAGGAACACAACGAAGGCGAAUGCCAUGAUGAAGUCGAUGCAUUGACUCGCGAGCAGGACCAGGAGGAGGAGGAUAAUGAUGCAGCAGAAAGCACUGAUGGAGAGUAUGCAGAGCAAGGCACGUCUGAGGAGAGCGAUUACCGGAAAAGAACCAGCAAGCAAACCCAAACACAGCAGCUGAAACCCAACCGAGGUGUAGCACGUAGUAACAAAAAUAUAGCCUCGGCUAAAUUUGCCGGCGGUGCUGUUAGCAAAUCUCGGUCUACGCCGUUGUCAGCAGUGGCCAGUAACAAACGUGGCUGCGCCACACGCAAAGAAAAUGCCACUGUGGCCUCUGCCACCGAUGAGGUGGAGCGCAAACUGAAGUCAAGGCGGUCGCCAGAGGAUCGACCCAAGCAGCGUCGCACGCGCCGUUGCCUAUAUAAGACUGAGUCAAAAAUUGGCGAGCACGAUGUAGAGAACAACUCGAGCUUGUUGGAAGUGCAGAAUCUGUACAGCGAAUACGAUGAUGAAAACAAGUACAUCAAGGGGCGUAAUGUCAACCCGUCCAGGCAUUCUCGCAAAUUAUAGAGCUAUAAAUAGGGACCGACCGACCGACUAGGCUAGGGGGACUUCAAACAAAGAAUUAGAAAACUAGCAACCUAAAUUCGUUUUCAAGUAUUUUUAGUGGUUAACAAGGCACUACGAUGCCUGAUGAGGUGUUCAGAGGAACAGAACAAAACCUAAUCAUGCUAAUACACGUGGACACUACUCGUCAUGAUUUCUAAUUUUGGUUUUUAAUAAAUUAAUUUGUUAUCUUUAAGCAUUCAGAUUGGUACGCUCAGGCAGUCGGAGCAGAGCUAUGAGAGCAUAGACUCAGCACAGUUCGGCUCCAUGCACAAGACGUUGUUGAAUUUCCCAUUAUACGAUGUUGUAAGAAAUAUAUAUACGGACAAAAGGUGUGCAGAAACAGUGCACCGUUUGGCUCCACAUGCCCUUGAUAGCAAAUCUUUCAUGUAUUGAAUUUUUAUUUGCCACUUUUCCGUUAUUGUUAGGUUUAAUUUCCCAUUUUCCCUAUUACAUUUAAAAGGUAUACUCUACUCAAUAAAGUAUUUAAUAUAUA